AUGCCAUGCAUCCCAUCAUCGUCAUCGUCCUCGUCCUCGUCUGCCGCUGUUGGAUUACCAUCCUCGUCGUCGCAGUCGUCGUCCUCGUCACCCUCGCUUGCGGCCGCAGACAAACCGUACUUUGACGACGUCAACUCGCGGAACGUAACGACGGUGCUGGAGGACACUGCCGUCCUCAAGUGCCGCGUCAAACACAAAGGCGACCGAACGGUUUCCUGGAUGCGCAAGCGAGACCUCCACAUACUGACGUCCAAUAUCUACACAUACACCGGGGAUCAGAGGUUUUCGGUGAUUCAUCCGCCGGACUCGGACGACUGGGACCUGAAGAUUGAGUAUGCCCAGCUGAAGGACAGUGGCAUCUACGAGUGUCAGGUCAACACCGAGCCGAAGAUUAAUCUGGCGGUGUACCUGGACGUGACAGAGGAUCGAGAUUUCGUACAAGCAUCGGGAGGCAACCACUUCAUGGGCCCCAUGGGACUAGACUUUCUCUCGACAGCAGCCCGGGCCAAAAUUAUCGGUUCACAGGAGGUGCACGUGAAGAAAGGCAGCACCAUCUCGCUGUCCUGUGUCGUCAACGUUCUGGCGUCGUCCAUCUCGUGGUACCACGGAUCCUCCGUUGUCGACUUCGAUUCGGCCCGCGGAGGCAUCAGCCUGGAGACGGAGAAAACCGAAACCGGCACCAGCAGCCGUCUGAUGCUGACCCGGGCCACCCUACGGGACUCGGGCAACUACACCUGCGUUCCUUCGGGAGCCAUCUCAGCCAGUGUGCAGGUUCACGUUCUGAACGGUGAACAUCCAGCUGCAAUGCAGACAAGCAACGGAGUGGUACUCUGUUCGUCACGAUACGUGCUAGUUUUUGUACUACUUGCAGCCCUAAAUAGUUGUAAUUUAAGUAAAUUAAUCUCCUCCAUAUCAACAACCGUACUCAAAACGGAAAGGCAACUGCGUCGGACGGUUUUGCUGGCGUCAACGGCAUCAGUCGGACUCGUUGGCCGUUUUUUGCCCUCCCGGAGCAGCAGCAACAGUUUCAAAAUCCGAACAUUCUCCACCUGCAGAAGCAGCACUUUUACCAGCUCGCAAACUAGCUUACAAAGCUUAAAUGAAGCACCGACGCUGCUGCAGAAAAGAUGAUCCCCCGGCUAGUU